GACGGGGAGACACACACAAUUAACUAAUGUUUAAUUAACAACUUGUUAAUGUUAACGACUAAUUAACUACUUAUAGUCGUCCUUGAUUGUUAUCAAUUGCAUCACGCCCUGCUCUGUGUCAUGCAUUCGCUCCAAAGUUUUGUAUCGGUUUAGUUUAGUUAUCAGUUGGAUUCGUGUUUUGAGAGAAUUUAUGUUUUGUUGUAGAUUUGUGAAUAUCAGCCUGAUCGAUGUUACCGAAAUCAUGAUGACUGAUGCUCAGAGAAGCACGAGGAGCUGUAGAGGUUUGAAGAAUGAAGAUGGGUAUGAAAUUUCCAUCCCCUUUGAGGACAACAGCCUGGAUGAGUCUGGUUUCUAUAAUCAAAACGACCACACCUUCGAUGAGUCGGUGUCAGGUCAGAUUCCUCCUUGCAGUCCAUACCUUCUGAUUAUCAGCCUCCGAGCACAACUGCAGAUUUCUCUGGAAAAAAACUCCUGGCUUCAAAAACGCAUCGAAGAUCUGGAGGAGGAGAGGGACUUCCUGCGCUGCCAACUUGACAGAUUUAUUUUCACCACCAAGAGUCAGGAGAGCAAUGGCAUGACAGGAAAAGAAAUUGAAGCAGAAGCUGAGCCUCAAGCCACCACUCUGAAGCAGCCCACCCGGAAGACCGCUAUUCCUUCCCCAUCAUCCAUGAUGACACGCUCUGGAAAAAUCGCACAACACAACCAGAAGCGCAGCAGAAAUAAGAGUCAAGAAGACGAGGAGGUGAUUGAGGAGGAAGAGUAUAUAGCAGAAGAAGACUUUGUGGAAGAGGAGCAGGUUGUUACAGAUGAUGAUGGCGAUGAUUCAGAUAGUAAAAGCUCACGUAAGAGCCGUUCAGGAAGGCAGAAUGGCCAGACAAGGGUGAAAAGACGACGUGUUUUCCGUAUUGCUCGAAGCAUGGAAAGACAAAGAGUUAAAGACUCUGCAGGUGUUCUACUUCGUUACAAUAAGAUCCUUGUCACCUAUCAAAAGUUGAAGAGCAUGUCAAGAGCAUUCCAGGUCCAUGGGGUUGACCGAAACACCGUCGCCUCCACCACUCCUAUUGCUGAAAUGCUUUUGGUUGCUCCUGAGAAGGUAUCUGAAGUUGGCGAGUUUGAUUCCUCCAAGGAAAAGCUUCUGGAUUAUGCAAGACGCUGCUAUAAAGCUCUUGACGAGAACGCUCAUGCUAAGGUGCAGGCCUUGAAGAAGAACAACCUCUUGCUGCCCAUUUCAUACAGGUUCAGACACUAAAUUUCCACAAAUGUAUUCCUUUUUUUUGGGGGGGGGAGCCAGCACUAUUGACACAGUGGUUUAGAUACUAUGGAGUCCAUUCAUUGACCUUUCAUGGGCUUUUUUUUUUUUUUCUACCUCAAUUCUAGAUCUACACAUUUGGAGUAAAAAACUGUUCAAAUCCCAACUCUGUGCCAACUUCUUCAAAAUGUGUAGAUUCCAAGAAUGGCUUGUUGACCCAACAUAAAGGGAGAAGAACAUUUGUGA